GGAACCUCAACACGACUGAACGUCGACUGAGCGCAUUGUCAACUGAGGCAGCUCUUCACUUGCUGAGCAUCUUUCCACGCUGAAGGAGAAAGUCUCCAUCGGCCUGAUGUCAUCGGUCGUGGCCCCAGAAAAGAACCCUUCCAAUGCUAUGGGUCUCAAAGAGGUGGAACUGAUCCUCGUCAAGGAGCAGAACGGAGUCCAGUUUACCUCCAGCACGCUCGUGGCUCCGACCACGUCUCAGACCGGCGCCGGCGGUGAGGAGGAAAGGGAAACCUGGGGCAAAAAAAUUGACUUCCUGCUGUCGGUGAUCGGAUUUGCGGUGGACCUCGCCAAUGUUUGGAGGUUCCCUUCCCUCUGCUACAAGAAUGGAGGAGGUGCUUUCUUGGUGCCAUACUUGUUCUUUAUGGUGAUAGCGGGCAUGCCUCUAUUUUACAUGGAGUUGGCUCUGGGACAGUACAACAGAGAGGGAGCAGCAGGGGUCUGGAAAAUAUGUCCCAUAUUUAAAGGUGUCGGCUUUACAGUGAUCCUCAUUUCCCUGUACGUCGGCUUCUACUACAAUGUCAUCAUCUCUUGGGCUCUCUUCUACCUCUUCUCGUCGUUCACUGCUGAGCUCCCGUGGGUGCACUGCAACAACACUUGGAACAGUCCAAACUGCUCCGAAUGGGCUGACAACGGCACAAUCAGCGACAUUUACAAGGCCACUCCAGCUCAGGAGUACUUUGAGCGAGGGGUGCUCCACAUCCAGGACAGCAAUGGCAUUGAUAAUCUCGGUCGCCCCCGCUGGCAGUUGACUUCCUGUCUCGGGGUGGUCAUUGUUCUGCUUUACUUCAGUCUGUGGAAGGGGGUCAAGACAUCUGGCAAGGUUGUGUGGAUCACGGCCACCAUGCCCUACGUGGUCUUGACUGUGCUGCUCAUUCGAGGGGUCACCCUGCCCGGAGCCAAGGAUGGCAUUAAGGCCUACCUGUCUGUCGACUUCGGGAAGCUCUGUGAUGCCAAGGUUUGGAUCGAUGCCGCCACGCAGAUCUGUUUCUCGCUGGGAGUCGGGUUUGGUGUGCUAAUCGCCUUUUCCAGCUACAACAAAUUCAGCAACAACUGCUACAGAGACGCCAUCAUCACCAGCUCCAUCAACUCUUUGACCAGCUUCUUCUCUGGCUUUGUUGUCUUUUCCUUCCUUGGCUACAUGUCAUACAAGCACAAUGUGACUCUGGACAAUGUCGCUAAAGACGGGUCUGGAUUGGUGUUUGUUAUUUACCCGGAAGCCAUUGCCACGUUGCCCGGGUCAUCAGUGUGGGCAGUGAUCUUCUUCAUCAUGCUCCUGACGUUGGGCAUCGACAGCGCUAUGGGCGGGAUGGAGUCCGUCAUUACGGGUCUGAUUGAUGAAUUCAAAUGCCUCCACAAGCAUCGGGAGCUCUUCACCCUCUUCAUUGUGGUCGCCACCUUCCUCAUCUCUCUCUUCUGCGUUACAAACGGUGGGAUUUACGUGUUUACUCUGCUGGACCACUUUGCCGCAGGGACGUCCAUUCUGUUCGGAGUGCUCAUCGAGACCAUCGGUAUUGCAUGGUUUUACGGUGUGGACCGUUUCAGUGACGACAUCGAAGAGAUGAUAGGUCAGCGGCCGGGCAGGUACUGGAGGCUGUGCUGGAAAUUUGUCAGCCCCUGCUUCCUCCUGUUCAUGGUGGUGGUGAGCUUUGCAACUUUUAAUCCGCCCAACUACGGCAGCUACACGUUCCCCCCGUGGGCGAUCCGGCUGGGAUGGUGCCUGGCCACUUCCUCCAUGACCAUGGUGCCGCUUUACGCCAUCUACAAACUUUGCAGCCUGCCCGGGAAGUUUUGCGACAGACUGGCUUACGCCAUCACCCCGGAGCCCGAACAUCAUUUGGUGGACAAUGGAGAGGUUCGGCAGUUCACGCUCCAUCACUGGCUGGUUGUCUGAACGCUGAGGUGAAAAUCGAUGAGAAGGAAAGGAGGAUGAAAGCAUCCACGGCAAAGGUCUGAAACUUGAAGAUGAGGUGAGGUGAGAGGGGGCGCUCGGAUGCAGGAGACAUUUUCAAGUGCCGGGGAAAACCUUGUAAGAAAUUGUAGUGUGAUUUUCAUUUCAACCGUGUGAAGAUGUGCGUAAACCCGUUUUGGUUUGACAUAAGUGAACUGGAAACUGGUACUGUGGUGUUUAACCUGCAACUCUUCUGAAAAUACAAUCCUCCUCAGAGAAAUGAUGUGUAACUUUUCAGUAUGUUGCUUAUCUUCACUUUGCACGCCAUAGUUUUAGGAACCUCAUAUAUCUUAUAAUAAUAGCUGAAAUGUGAGGAAGAAACUCUUUGUGCGGUGCAGAAGGGACCCCUAAAUCAUAAAUAUUUGCAGUACUGUGUAUGUGAAAAAUAUUAUAUUUUCUCAACAUGAAAGGGAUGCGGUGUCCUUAAAAAAAACACACACACACACACAUC